CCUGCCCAUCACUAGCAGCUGCCUCCUGGCCUCUAGGCCCAGCCUACUUCUUCAACUUCAUUUAAGUCGACACUAACUCUAGCACUUGGCCUACAACUGCAACUGGCACACCUGUUCCAUUCAGACCAGAUUAACAACUUCCCCUACAAGUUACGAAGAUGCCUAAACCAACUCGUCAAGGGAGCAAUACUGCGAGCUCCAAGAAGUCAUCUUCUGCAACAUCAUCGACAAAGACGCAAAAUCGAUGGGUCUUCAUAACCAAAGAUGAAGUGAUUGGUGAAGGUCCUCAGGAGCCAGACUGUCAGCCCUCCAUCUGCAAGCUGCGACAUCCUCGUAUAGGUGCCGGAGUUUUGUUCCUUGUCUCUGGAGACUGUCGAAGCGUCUGUGAACUGAACAGUUUUGAUGAAAAGUUUCAUUCUUGGUUCAUAGGGGAAACUGUACACAGUGGUAACCAGAUUUACUUUGCCACGCCUGUUGACCCUUUGUUUCUGGUCCUGCCUUACUUGAUCAACGCUGGCGGAAAGGCCAAUCGGUUCAUGAGUCUGGAGCAGCUAGUGACUGAUGAGGAGCUUCCGGACUGUCACAAAAUCCUAACGUGCUCCGGCAUGGACCACAUCUUGCAGGUGGCAGACCGCAAAGAUAUUGACGAUGACCUUCAAGUCUAUCGGUACAACUCAGAAAAAACUCUUGCAUGGCUCAAAGCCAAGACUGAUUCUCUGGCUGACAUGCUGGAGAAAACUCAAGUUAACGUCAGCGCCAAAAGCUCUCAGAGUUCAAUGUUUGUACGAAGCAAAACCUCCAGUGCUUCUAGAGAGUCUUAUGUCCAGUAUGCCUUUGGUAUGGUCAGUGACUACCUCCCUGUCGCAGUGGAAGAAGACCUGAGGACCUAUUUGGGAGUUCCUGCAGUUCAGGAGAAGCCUGCAGUUGUAGACACAGUGGAGAAUGAACGUCCAAACAAGAAGUUGAAGUUGACUGGAGACCUGACCCCCACAGAUGACUACAGCGCCGGGAUAGACCUUAAGAAAGACAAGAGCAAGACUGGCAAGCUGACAGCUGCCCAGAAGAAACUGAGCAAGGUGGACAAGACCGGGAUGAAGAGCAUUUCCAGUUUCUUUAAAUCUCCAAAAUCUUAGCUGCCUUAUGCUCCGAGAGUACAUCACAGUGGCCGCAGUCGUCAGGAUUACUGUUCCAGUAGCAUACCAUUUUCUGAAACUAAAAAUAAAUUCACGAUCAUUGAACAUGGAGUACAGACUUUGCCUCCUUCAUUCAAAUGAAAUAAACACAAAUAAGUCGAA